UUUCUUUCUUUUUUAUAUAUAUCUCUGUGUGUGGAUCUGAUCCUCAAACCAACCCCAACUCUCCCUCCCCUGCACCAAAUUACAGCUCAUCACCAGAUAUAUCAUUCAUUCAGUACUACUGUAUCAACUUCAGAUCUAUCUAGUCAUCCUUAAGCUAAGUCAACUUAUAUCUCUCUCUUCUUUUCCCGGUGGUCAACUCUUUUGUGCUCACCAUCCAUCAGAUUUAUCAAACGGUUUUUGGUGUGAAGAAGAAGAAUAUUUAUAAUUAGCAAUAAUGGCACCGUUUCGUAAGGCGAUUGGGGCGGUCAAGGACCAAACAAGCAUUGGAAUCGCCAAAGUGGCUAGUAAUAUGGCACCGGAGUUAGAAGUCGCUAUAGUAAAAGCGACUAGCCACGAUGAUGAUCCGGCCAGUGAGAAAUACAUUCGUGAGAUUUUACAGCUUACGUCAUACUCACGAGGCUAUGUGAGUGCUUGUGUUCAUGCGGUUUCAAAGAGGUUGAGCAAGACUCGUGAUUGGAUCGUUGCUUUGAAAUGUUUGGUUCUGAUUCAUAGGUUGUUGAAUGAUGGUGACUCGGUCUUCCAGCAGGAGAUAAUGUAUGCGACCAGGAGAGGGACUAGGUUGCUUAACAUGGCGGAUUUUCGUGAUGAGGCACAUUCGAAUUCGUGGGACCAUUCCACUUUUGUUAGGACUUAUGGGUUUUAUUUGGAUCAGAGGUUGGAUAUGGUUGCUUAUGAGAGGAAGCAAAAUGGUGGGGGCAGUGGAGAUAAUGAGAAAUCUAGGGACGAUCGGUGGAGAUCACCGCAGAAUCGUGGGAAUGAUUAUGAUUAUAAUGAGUUUCGUGAUGAACCUGGGUAUGGAAACAUGAGGAAAGUGAGGUCUUAUGGGGAUGUGAGAGAGGGGUCUAGUGGGUCGUCUCAGGAGAAGAAAGUUGCUACUCCGUUGAGGGAUAUGACAUCCGAGAAGAUUUUUGGGAAGAUGGGGCAUUUACAGAGACUGUUGGACCGUAUAUUGUCUUGCAGGCCUACUGGCUUGGCAAGGAACAGUAGGAUGGUGUUGGUUGCGUUGUACCCUGUUGUGCAAGAAAGUUUCAAACUUUAUUCUGAUAUAUGUGAGGUUUUAGCGGUUUUGCUUGAUCGGUUCUUCGAUAUGGAACAUCAUGAUUGUGUGAAAGCAUUUGAUGCUUAUGCUAGUGCUGCAAAGCAGAUUGAUGAGCUUGUUGGUUUUUAUAAUUGGUGCAAGGAUAUGGGUAUUGCAAGAUCAUCGGAGUAUCCAGAAGUUCAAAAGAUAACUGGGAAGUUACUUGAGACGUUGGAGGAAUUCGUGAGAGAUAGAUCAAAAGUGACGAAAAGCCCGGAGAAAAAACCAGAGGUUGUGGAACCAGUAAAAGAAGAGCCGGUUCCUGAUAUGAAUGAAAUAAAGGCAUUGCCAGCACCAGAAACUCCUCCUCCACCACCACCUCCUGUGGUUGAGCCACCUCCACCUAAACCGCAAGGUGAUUUAGUGGACCUAAGAGAGGAAUCUCUAACAGCUGACGAUCAAGGAAAUAGAUUUGCCUUGGCAUUGUUUGCGGGUCCAGCAUCAAACAAUGGGAAUGGAAAUUGGGAAGCUUUUGGAUCCAAUGGGGAAACCGAGGUGACUUCUGCCUGGCAGAAUCCAGCUGCUGAAGCUGGGAAAGCUGAUUGGGAACUUGCUCUGGUGGAAACCACCAGUAAUCUAGAGAAACAGAGGGCAACAAUGGGUGGUGGGCUUGACCCACUACUACUGAAUGGUAUGUAUGACCAAGGAAUGGUAAGACAACAUACGAACACAUCUCAGCUAAGUGGUGGCAGUGCUAGCAGUGUUGCUCUACCAGGGAAAAGUGCUACGCCCGUUUUAGCACUUCCGGCUCCUGAUGGGUCUGUUCAAGCAGUCGGGGGCGACCCAUUUGCAGCCUCAUUAAGUGUCCCACCUCCGGCUUAUGUCCAAAUGGCAGACAUAGAAAAGAAACAACAUUUACUAGUACAAGAACAAAUGGUUUGGCAACAAUAUGCUAGGGAUGGAAUGCAGGGUCAAGGUAGUUUGACCAAGAUCAAUGGUGGUGGAUAUGUCGCUCCAGGACAACCACCCAUGAUGCCUUAUGGAGUUCCACCUGUAAACGGGUACUACUAUCCUACGUAUUGAUACAUAUGUUUGAUAUGUAUUUGUUCUUUUUUUUUUAUCAUGUGUUACAUAUAUAAUUUACUGUUCGAUUUCUUCUGCA